CUUGACCAUACCUCUUCCCGAUGACCCUGUCACACUCCUCCGCGACUGUGUGUGCACCCACCCCAACCUCACCGUCGCACAGUUCCUCCAAUGGCGCUGCGACCCUCCCGAACCUCCCUCUGAAGUCGGCUUCACCGUCAUCGUCUGGAUCAGCUUCACCAUCCUCUUCCUCGCCGGCCUGAUCGGCAACGGGCUCGUGUGCUACGUCGUCUACGCGGCUCCGAGGAUGAGAACCGUGACAAACCUCCUCAUCGCGAACAUGGCUGCAGGAGAUCUCCUCAUGACCACCCUCUGCAUGCCACUGACGGUGGUCUACGUGGUCCUUCUACGCUACUGGCCGCUUGGGGAUGCUCUGUGUCGGCUGGUAUCCUUCGCGCAGCCAGUGUCGGUGUACGUCUCCGCAUACACUCUUGUCGCCAUCGCAGCAGACCGAUACAGAGCAAUCGUCUACCCUCUGGUGCCAAGAGGAUCGCGACGUCGUGCGAGGGUCGUCAUCGCAGUGGUCUGGACGCUGGCGGCGGCGACGUCGGUACCAGCGGCGGUGACGUCUCGUACCUUUGUACCCCCGGACCCGUGGUACAUGAUGCACGAGAGACGGGUCUGCCAGGAGCGGUGGGAGGACGAGGGUCGUCGCUACUACACCACCGCAGUGCUGCUGCUGCAAUUCUUUCUUCCGGUGACAGUACUGACCCUGACCUACGGUCGCAUAGCCGUGGAGGUGUGGGGUCGCGGCGGACUGCCCUCCACGCGGCAAGACAACCGGCAGCUAAGGCUGGCCAGGGCGAGACGAAAGACUGUUCAGAUGAUGGUGAUCGUGGUGGCCGCCUUCACCAUUUGCUGGCUGCCCAAUCACGUGCUACAGAUCGUAUACGACAUCCACCGGUGGGUGGGGGAGUGGCCCGGAAUCGGCUACCUCUACACCGCUACAUACUGGCUCAGCAUGGCCUCGUGUGUGUGUAACCCCAUCAUCUACUGUGGGAUGAACGCCCAGUUCAGAGCUGCCUUCUCAGCUGUGGCCUCCAGAGUCUGUCUCCGCUGCCGGCGUCCUCCAGCCGCCAUCAGUCGCGCGGGCAGCAGCGUCCGCUCGCGGGCCACCUCCUACACGCAGUGGACACUGAGGUCACUGCGCCUGCGCAGAUCCAAUGGCUCCGCCCACUCGUGUCACGCUCCGGAGCCGGCUGAGCGGCCGGCGGCGCCGCUCAACACCAAAGCGGCUGUGCAGGGUUCGGCCGCCACCGCAGCUCUUCCUCUCAGUUUGGACGUCACUUGCGGCCUGAGUUCAUCGGAUCCAAACUCACCGAGACCACUGCGGCGGCAGUACCUGGCACUCUCCCGUCUCAAGAGUGUCCAGUGAGUGACGACUCUGCUCGACAGAGGAGUGUUCGGUAUACGCGGAGACUCUCAUGGAUGAGGAGUGUCCAAGAAGCGGGUCGGAGUAAUCGGAGUUCAUGGAGGGAGUAAUUGGAGGACUGUCCAAUGUCCAAGGAACAGCGCCACCACAAUGGAGGGAGUAAUCGCUCACAUGCGAACUGUGAAGAACUAUUCAAGGAACGGUGACAUUUUCGUGCAGGGAGUAAGCACUCACUGCCUUUGUUGAGGCUAGUGUCCUAUGAGUGCAGGGUCUUGCUGAUGCGCAGGACUGGCCGCUGGGCCCCAUAUAGCUAAUCGAGAAGGUUUGCUUGGAUUAUGCCAGUCCCCUGGAAGUUUUUUUUUUCGAGUAAGAGGAUACGUCGCAGUUUUUCCAAACAGCUCAAGUGAGUCCGAUUGGAGUGAGCACGUCGGCAGUCUGGUUUUCAAAUUUCAGGAAAAUUUGCAAAACGAAAUCAAUAAGAUCAUAAAUUUCAGCUUUCUGUUUGGAGAAUCAGAAUCAUAGGCACAUAACUUGUUGGAACAAUAACUUGAGCUGUCCAUUGUCCAUGGCAGUGUCAGUGUCAUUGCCAGUGCCACUGCCCACCGCCAAACCUCAGAAGUCUAAGCGUGCGUUCGACAUCCGGAUAAUCAGGGAAAUUUUCCGGGAUCACCGGGAUCUUGUUUGUUUAUUGGGGCUUUAGGGCGCGUCGACUGCAAAGGUUAUUUACAAAAAGAAAUCAGAAACCGGGAUCAUUCGGUGUUUUAGGCUGCCACCGUGCACUGUGUACAACGGACAUGGCAACGAGUAAAAGAGGAAUUGUUGAAGCAAAAGCAAUCUAAAAAUGUGACUAAUUGCAUCGAUGGUCUCUGCAACACCCAAAAAUGACCGGUGAUCCCGGAAAAUUAUCUGUGGUGAUAAUCCAGAUGUCGAACACAAGGUAAAAUGUAAGUAAGCAGGUAAAAUUCUUAGAAGUUAUUGGAGCAAAUGUCAUCACAUGAGAGCCUGAGACUGAAUGGGGAAUGACCCUAGCUAACCACUUGUUCAAAGCGGUUUUCCCUAUAAUUUGGUGAUAAAAGACAAAUACCCGAUCUUAAACUAUCUCAGUAACAACUACUGGUAUGUACUAUGUAGCUAGGAAGUCAGCGGGCUCUAUACAAUGUGCAUUGUGUGGAAUGUUGUAACUGUUUUUGGCGGAAAAAAUCGGUCUGUGUGCGUAUUUAUUUUCGUUUAACAAAUAAAGUCAUGCAGUAUCUUACUAUCAGCGAUAUUCUUACUGAUGUUUAAGAAGCUACCCUACAUAUGUAACUAUUAGGUGGAUGAAUGUUAAAUUUAAGUUGAACAAUUGAUUGUUCGAUGUUCUCUUCUGCUACAUGUUUGAUGUAUAGUGUAUAUCAGUCAAUGUUGAAGAUUUACUUAUAAUACGAGCUAUUUGUUAGGCCAUUUCAAAGCAAAAAAGGAUGUUUUCAUGAGUCUAUACUUUCAUAGACUCAAAGGACGAUCAAUUUUUAUGUACAUAUAAAUACAAAAAUGUCAGAUAAGUCGGCAAAUCAUUCGUUUGCUGUUUACUGUUUUGCGCACGUUUUCAUCUUAGACACUUGUAUGAUAAUCGUCAUUCACCACUGUUCACACAAGAAUAGAAACACUCUUGUCCUAGUCAGUGAAUGGCACGGCUUUUCCUGUGAUGUUAAAUAUAUAUUCUGAAAUAUA